UCACUGCGCGAUAUCUGCGGCGCGCGCGCAGUAUAUUGUAACUAUCGCGCCGUGUAGACGCGCGCAUACGUGAAACAAAAAAAAACAUUGUUAUGUUGUGAUUGUGUAGGUUUUUGUAACCUAAUAUUUUACUACAUAUGUGUAUUCCGUUGUUCGCGAUGAACUCAGAAUGACAAUGAGUUAAAAUGAUAAAGUUCAGAUACAAACGUAAGGAGCCUAGCGACGGUAAGGCGAAGAUCGACGUUCUGAAGGAUCGGGAGUUGUUGCCGCCUAAAGACAUGGUGGUAGUGGGUUCGAUGCCGGUGAAGCAUAAUACGCUGCCGAGGACCAGAAGGAGGGAUUCGCCGGAACGCGCGCCGCUGAGUCAGACGACUAUAGCGCUUUUUAGAGAACUCUUCGCCCAACUGCAAUGGUCUGCAGAACGCGCGCCGGCAGCCGACAGCCUCCGCCGCGCGCUCGGCGGCGGCGGCGCCCGCUUCCAGCUCGGUUGCAUGGCCGACGCCAGCGAGUGCUUCGAGCACCUACUCCUGAGAGUCCAUGCUCACGUGGCAGCAGGAGAUAGAAGGGAUGAUGAUGCCUGCAGAGCGCCGCAUUGCGUGCCGCAUCGGAAGUUUGCGAUGAUGUUGGUGGAGCAGUCGGUGUGUGGCGCGUGCCAGGCUACGUCGGAACCGCUGCCGUUUACUCAGAUGGUUCACUACGUGUCAGCUACAGCACUGACUGCUCAGGCAGCGCUCGGAGAACACGGGGAUAGCUUCGGCCUGCUGCUGCGAAAGGCUGGCGGCAUGGGCGACAUCAGAGAUUGCCCGAACGCCUGUGGAGCUAAGAUUCAAAUCUGCCGAACUUUGAUGAACCGACCUGAAGUAGUCUCUAUUGGAAUGGUAUGGGACUCUGAACGGCCGAACGCCGACCACGUGGCGGCCGUGUACGCCGCCCUGGGCACGGAGCUCCGCCCCACCGACGCCUUCCACGCAUGCGUCGACCGCGCCUGGGCAGCCCGAGCCACACACCGCCUCGUAGGCCUCGUCACCUACUACGGGAAGCACUACUCCACCUUUUUCUUCCAUAGCAAACUGCGACUAUGGAUAUACUUCGACGACGCCGACGUCAAAGAAAUCGGACCGGAAUGGUCACACGUUGUCGAUAAGUGCCGGAGAGGGCGAUUCCAACCCCUACUUCUCCUGUAUGCUGCUGUAGAUGGAACGCCGUGUGACACCCGCCAUGCUCCUAAAGAUGUAGUGCCAUUCCCUGCCCCAGAACCUCGCCGUGCAGUGACCCCGGCCCCUGAAAGAAACAGCGCCGGUUUUGCGCGACGAGCCGUCACGCCAGGCCCUGACAACGAGUCCGACUACGUCAGUCGAAAAGCUGUAGAAAAUAUGCUCGAAGUCCAAGCGAGCAGAAGAGCCCAAUUAGCUCGAAGUCUGAGUACUGGAUCGGCUUCUGAUACACAAGACCGUCCGCGAGCGAGAAGAGACUCAGGCAACUGGAGCGGCGACCGCAACAGCGCUUCGUCUGCUUCCUCGUCUACUGUUGAGAGUCCCUACAUGUAUACUAGAGGUCGUGGCCCUGGUAGCGUGCCAAGCAGCCCUACCCGCAAAGGAGAACUAUCUAGCGGCGGCUCAUGUGACGCUGGCUACGAUUCCUACUCUCUAUCAUCAACUGACAGUUUACCCCUCCAACAAGGCCUGCGACACAACCUACAGUUGGCUCAGAUUCCUGAACUGACGACGCGAGGCGACUGCGAAGCCUUAUGUCUAGAAGCAGACAGACUGCUUGAGAAAUCUCGACACGCGGAAGAUGCGGCUGAUUAUGAAACCGCUCUCGUUCUAUGCGAUGCGGCAGCAUCUAAAGCCAGAGCUGCAAUGGAUGCUCCGUACAACAACCCGCAUACUAUGACAUUCGCUCGGAUGAAGCACAACACAUGUGUUAUGCGCGCCCGAAGUCUUCAGCGACGAAUGGCUGGAAUGACCAGAGUUACGGAAAUUCCACAAGCCGCUCCCAUUCGAAACACCAAGGGAGGGCUAGAAAGCACAACUACGCCAAUCGAAAUUUACGCCACCUUGCCUAAAAAGAAAGGAUCUUCAAAGAAGUCACCCAAAUGCAUAGACGAUGACUUGGAUAACUCUCCGCGUGAACGCCCACCGAGACAUAAGUCUAGGGACGAAGAGAAAGGUAGGGAAAAGCGCUCAAGAAGUGAGGAUCGAGGACGAGCAAGAAAAGAAAUAACAGUAGCCACGGAAAAGAAAGAAGAGCCAGUAGAAGAUAAGAAAGCGAAUAAGAAACAACAUAAGAUUCGUAGAAAACUAUUGAUGGGUGGUUUAAUUCGAAGGAAGAACCGAUCAAUGCCUGAUCUUACUGAGGGUGCAGACGGUAAUAAGGAACCUACCAAUAAGGAAAAACGCGUCUCAUCUAUUGAUGACGGAGAUGUAGGAAGGAAAAAGACUGAUGAUAAAUCUAAUUUGAGUGGAUACUUGUCUGAAGGCCAUUUAGAGUAUUCGGCAGCAAGCGGCACGAACCCCAACCUCGAGAGGAGUAAGUUGAUGAGAAAGAGUUUCCACGGCAGUGCCGGCAAGAUGCUAACCGCGGCCAAAGUGCCUCCGCCGCCCCCGCUGCGAACCACUUCUCAGCUUAGCGGGCCUAAGUUCGAGUCCGAAGUGAUAGAGCACAACUUACAGUCGAGGCCACCACCACCAGUGCCAAUGGCGGGCCGUGGAGAUUAUCCUUACCCUCACGACGACCCGGAAGACGGUGGUUUCUCGGAACAGUACGGGGACGAGCCGCAAUCGCUGCCAUUCUUGCCGUCAAGCUACGAUGGAAAUCCUCAUUACAACAGGCUUGAAGAUUCUCCCUCCCAAAAUUUCCACACAGUCAUUACGAAAGCGAUGAUUCACCAAGAACAAAGUCCUAUUAAGAGGGAGACAAUGCCACCGAUUCAACCAUCUCGCAGCCAUAUGCAAAAUCUUAGCCACGCGUUUGACAAUGGCGUUGAUGUGGUCGACUGCGCCCUUCCCAUGCGCAGAUCUCCUCAAAUGCUUGACCUGCCGCCUUACCCCAGUCCGAUGAACUCGGUCAAUCACUCUCGGCAACCAAGUGAGGAAUUCCCGCCACCUCCUCCGCCUAUUGAUUUGACACCUCUGCAAGAUGAGUUAAACUGCAUUCAAAACUCCAGCCAUAAUGGAAUCACCGCACAAACCGAUGAAGAACGAGACGUUCCCAAAGGUUCUCUAUUGGCCCAGUUGCAGGAAAAGAGAAGUCAAAUUCUAAGAAACGAAGAAUGUCUAUCGCAAAUGAACCAGAUUGAGACAAAUAAUAACAGCAGUGCUGAUAUUUGGCUUAAAGAGCUGCAGGCUAAACAGGCGGCAUUAAAAUUGAAAAGGUCUGGUUCCCUCGAGGGACAACUUUCAAGCCCAAGUGAAGCUGUUUCACCUAACAGCAACAAUGUGAGAAACAUUGCCUCUAGAUUUGAGAAUAGCGCACAAAAUUCUUCAGAUGGAGAAAGAUCUCAUAUAGGAUUUGUAGGUAUGAGUGCCAAUAGAGAUGUAAUUAACUGUUCGAACCAGUCUAACGCCGGUAUAUAUAAUCGACGUGCUUCGGCUUCAUCCAUCGAUCCUAAACAGAUGGAAGACGACUAUAGCGAGCAGAAGACUAACAACAACAAUAUCUACAACGACCGGACUAAACCGAAGAAGAAGUCGGUAUCCUUCUGCGAUCAGGUUAUUUUAGUGGCUACUGCUGAAGACCAAGAGGAUGACAGCUACAUUCCCAACCCAAUCCUGGAACGUGUGCUAAAAUCCGCCAUGAACAAGCCCGAAUUGACCACGAUGCCACUGCAAUCAGAAAAGCCUUCGUUACAGAGAACAGAAUCAUUCGACAGCCAGUCGUCUCGAUCAACAAUAUCCUCCCUUUCUCAGAACUCUUUUGUACCAAAUGAUAACUCGCACGCCGACUACAUCAGAGUACAAAACGGUUAUCCACAGUAUCAGGUCGCGCAAACCAGGCCUCAGCAACAGUUCAAUACUCAAAAGAGUACAGGAGUGUACCGCACUGACUCACCGGUGCAGCCUUCUCACAAUCAAAGCCCUGGCAACAACCAGAUAUAUCAAGCCCUGCCAAGCAACCCUCAGAAUACGUCAAACCCCAUACCGUAUACCCAGCCGCCUGCAGUCUACGCGAACAACAACUCAAGCCCACCGAACUUUAGUCAAAAUCCCGCGAACAGACUCACGCCGACCCACAACCCCGCUUAUGCCACCAAGCAACUGCCCCGAACCGUUCCUAACACCUUCCCACCGACGCAGAUGCACCAGGCUCAACCACCGAACAACGCUUACUACCACCGAUUACCGCAGCAUUCCACCACUCCACUGCCUAGCAAUAAUUACAACGCCAACCGCCAAUUUCCUCAGAACUCACCGUACCAAAGCGUGCCCACCAACUCGCCAGCUUACCAAAGCUACCACAGCCCACCGACUAGCUACGCGAACUCUGACUACUCUACUCGAUACCCGCAAAACAGUACAAAUACAAACCAUUACACGCAAUCGCCUUACCAACGCGUCCCGCCGCCUCAUGGGGAAACACCUCUUGACUACAACGCCACGUAUCAAAAGAACUACUAUCCUGAUGGGCAGAACAGAGGCGCUGAUGUGAGACACUAUGCCAACACGCAGCAACAGAGGAUGUACCCCAUGAACGAUAACUCUCCUGUUAAUGGCGAGCAGCAAUUUCAGUACCCCCAAAGCGGUUACAAUCCUUACCAGCAUCUGCCGCCGCCAAAGCAGAUCCAGAAGAAAUCUGUAUCGUUUGAACCUGGCACGAAAGGUGGAACGGAGUCUCCGAUCCCUCCGCAGAUGAAUGGAAAUGGAUAUGGAGAAAACCAAGGGCUUAUAGGACAGAAGGCUCUUUGUAAUCUAUGUCGUAAAAAGUCAAUAAGCUCUCCGGCCAUGUACUGCCCUGACUGCGACUUCUACAUGUCGAGGUUCAAACCCCGCUCAUAGCAUUGUAGUUAAUACUGUAGAUAAAUUUUAAUCAACUCAUCUUUAAUUAAAGUCAUCAGACAAUGUAAAUUAUCAACGAAUAGAAUUUUAAAAUAAGAUUGACUGAUCUCACUCGAGAAUAUGAAAUCCGUAAUUUUAACUUAGAUUAACUAAGCUACUUAAUUUUGAUUAGAAUGUUAAUUAUAGAAAUUUUUGAACUAUAUAAAAGUGUAUUUUUGUUACGAUGAAAUUAAAAUUCAUGAAAAUAAACAAU